UCAGAAACAUGAAUAUGUGUAACUUGUACACUUAUUAGAUUAAGUCAUUAAAAAAUAUAGUUAAUAAAGUAUAAAAUAAUGCAAAAUUUAUGCAAAAUUUAUGCAAUAUUACUAUAAUAUAAUACUGUACAUAAUAAAUACAAUUAAUGACUAUUUUAAUUGGUAUCUGUACCUAUAACCUGGUACCACGGUUGCAGUUUUUAAUGCAGCAAGAUCAGUGCAACCAACAAACUGCCGCGAAACUUAGGAGAUAUUUGUCAUGAAAUGUCUUAUAUUACUAUUGAAAUGUCAGUUCGAAGUUCUCGUUAUUUGAAAACAAUUUGUAGUCAAUCGUUCUUUGAUAUUUUGUAAUUGUAAUUACAAUAAAAAACUUUAUUAAAAAUGGCUGAUGUAAGGUUACUUAUACAAGAGGAAGGUCGGGCAGCUAGAAAUUUAAUAGCUUUUAAUGUACCAGUUGGAACAAAUAAUACUGAAAAGGUUACCAAAAAACCACCUAGUGUUCCAAGAGUAUCACAGACAAAUGCUACUAAAAGAUCUAUGAAACCAACACCUAGAGUGAGAUCAGCUUCUACUGGUCGGGAUAAAAAAUCUGAAUUACAGGCAAGAUACUGGGCAUUCUUAUUUGGUAAUUUGCAAAGAGCAGUAGAUGGCAUUUAUCAAACAUGCGAAGAAGAUGAAAAUAUUUCUGAGUGUAAAGAAGUGAUAUUAGUUUUAGAAAAUUAUACCAGAGAUUUCCAUAAUUUGAUUGAAUGGUUUAGAGUUAAAUGGGCCUAUGAAAAUUCGCCACCACCCUUAAGACGUACUCCUUUAGCUUGGGAAGUUAGAAAAACUUCUCCUUGUCGAAUAUGGAAUUCCACAAUGAUUCCGAAAUCCACUAGUCCCUUACAAAGAAUGAGUCCCACAGAAUCUGUUUGUAGAAGCCCUGUGGAUCAAAUUAUUUCAGAAAAUAAAUCUGUUUCUGUAGACAAUACAGCAAAUCAUAUAAAAGGAGAAUCUGUGCACAAGUUAAUAAAGGAUAAUAAAGGUAAUAUUCCCAAAAAUAAUAUGACAAACUUAGGUGAAAAAUAUAAAAAUUCAAUAGAUAAAGGCAUAAAUCAAUCAUUGAAUAAAGAUAAAUUAACUACAAUAAAAGUAAAUAAAACUUUGGUAAAACAUACUGUAGCUACUAAAAUUAAUAACAGCAUUACUACAGAUCAAAAAGCAAAUGAAAGUUUAUCUCGUGAAGUGAAAGGUAAAUUGGAUACUAAAAGUGCAUCAAAAUCAGUUAAAGCUGGGAUGCAUUAUGCUACCACUAAAAUAACAGAUUCUAAUGUGAUAAUUGAAAAAAAUGAACAAACAGUUUGUAAUGAUAAAGAUGUACAAUUAACUUCUACAUCGACAGAAAAAGAAUUUUCUAAAUCUAAUAGCAUAGAUAAUAAAUUGAAUUCUCAAAACAAUUUUCAAGUGAAGCCGUUGGGUCCUAAAAAUGAUAUAGGGCUCGGAAAAAAUGAAAUCAAUUCUAAAGUAAAAAGACAAACUACAGAAAAAAAUAUUAAAAAUGUUGGUAUAGAAAAUGUUGCAACUGAAAAUAAAAUGACAGAAUCCAAUAGCAUAACAAAAGAAAAUAGUAACACUAUGGUGAAUAAAAACAUACAGAAUAUUACAAAGGUUUCAAACAAAAUUAACCAAAAAUUAAAAAAGCAAUCAAGUGUUAAUGAUAGUGCAAACAAUAAAACUCCAACAAAGCUUAUAUCCGAUACAUCAACCAGUAAUUCAAGUAAGGGAUUAGUUAAUACAAACAAACCAGCAUAUUCUACGGUAUCGCAAAUGAAGGUUAUUAAACCAAAACAACCAUGCCUCCUAGAAACUCCAAAAUUUGUUAGAAGCAAAACAACAUUAAGCGACAAAAGUACAUCGAUUUCAAAUAAAACAAGACCUGGAACAUCCGUGAUAGUUAGGCAACGAUUUCAAUCAAUCGACAAUAAGAUUUCAGAACAAAGUUUAUUAAAAAAAGAUCAGAAUAGAGAUAUAAAUGGUUCUGUAGAGGUAUUAACAAAACAGACGCAUGUAAAAACAAAAGAAGAAGCUGAUGGUUGGCAAACGGUCCGUAGCCGUUAUAGAAGAGGCAGUACAUAUAACUUAAAUAUGUCUACAAGAUUUCAUAAGCCAAGUACUGCAACAUCGUUACCAGCGUUAUCGAUUGAAAGUCCUUCUGAAAAGAAUAAAAAGAAUUGUUUAACUCCAGAUGGAAAUGGUAAACAGAAACGGAAAUGUAUUGUAGAAAAAGAAGGAAAAAAUAUAAGUAACGAGGUAGAAAAAGUUAAAGGGGAAUCGGUCGUAAACCUUACAAUUAAAGAUAAAGUAGAAGAAGUUUUCAAGAACACUGCUAAUUUAAACGAAAUAAAUUCUACAUCAAUGAUCGCAGCUAUUUUCAAAAAUGAUGCGGAAUUACUUGAAAAACGUAUACAACAAUUUAUGGCUGCUCAAGCAGAAAGAGAGAGAAUAAUUUUAGAAGAGGAAAGGAAGACAGAGGAAGCAGAUUCGCAACGAUCGCAACAGUUAUCAGAUGAAGAAGCAUCCUUACAUAGACAAAUUUUAGAAUUAGAAUGUGGUGAAACUGAUGUUGACACUGAAACUGAUGAAACAGACGGUGAAAUGGUCCUUGAAAUGGAAGAUGAGCAAAGAACAUCUCCUAAUACAAUGCCUGAUGAUGUUAGUUUAGAAGAUAGAUACGAAAAUGUGUUAGAGGAAAUGUCUUGGGCAGAGUGUGUAGAUACGCUUGCUCAGUUACGCGCAUUAGUCGCUCGUCAUCCUGGUAGAGCUUUAGAAUUACAUCAGAAAUUAUCGUCCCCAUCUCGAAAGAGAUCGUUGCCUGAGACGUUACGACGGUACCAAGCAAAACAGGCUUGUGCACAACAUAAACGUCAAAAACUUUUAAUGGAAAAGUCGCAAAGAUUGCGAGAAUUGUUGAAUAAAGUGAAAGAUGUCAAAAGUGCAAAGAACCAAUUAAUAGAAGACAAAAGAAUUAGAAUGGAAACAAAGUUAAAAAAGGCGGAAGAAAAUAGAACGCAACAUUUGUUAGAAAUAGUAAGAAAAGCUCACGAUGAAGAUUCUAAGUUAAAAGAAAUUGCAUUUAUUAAUGAACUUGAAGCACAAAACAAGAGGCACGAUUUCAUGGCGCUAUGUCAAGAACAAGAAGAAAGAUUGCAAGGAAUUCAAGAAGAACGCCAACGCCGACAGGAAGAAAAAGCUGCUAAGGAGGCUGCUGCCGAAGAACGUAGACGUGCUUUGGAAGCGGAACGGCAGUUGCGUAUUCAGAAAAUGAAACAAGCUCGUCGUGAACGCGAAGAAAGGGUCGGUAAGAUGCAGUUAGAGAGAGAAAAAGAACGUCAGGAACUUGCAAGAGAAAAAGCAAGGGAUAGAGAAGAACGUUUAUCUGCGCUUCAUGCAGCGCAGUUAGCAAAUCAAGAAGAACUACAGAAGAAAAUAGCUCAAAAACAGCAAGAAUCAGCUAGAAGGCACGUUGAAAAUAUAGAACACAUUCGACAAAGAGCAGUUGAAUCUUCUAUUUUAAGGUCGGAAGAAGUUCCACCUACGUUAAAAUCAUAUCCUGCUCAAAAACAAUGUUCUUUAUGUGGAACUCUAAUACCCAAUGAGGUAUACCUGUUGAGCCAUUUAAAAGGGAAAACACACGUCGAAGCAGUACGGAACACACACGAUGGUCGAGAGCCAUCACGAGAUGAAUUGCAGCGCUUCAAUAUAUCUCAAAUUCGCGAUGUCCCAAUUUCAGUCGUUGAUAAUAAUAGUUCGAACGAGAUUAAAGCUGCGAAAGAGAAACAGAAAGCUUUAAAACGACGAUGCAGAAAAAUGAAACAGCGUAUGUUUCUGCGAGGUAAAGAAUGGGAAGACAAUCAUAAAACAGAUGCGAAUCAAUCUAUCGAGUCGACUAAUAAAGCAAAGUUCCGACGAAAUUUAAAAGAAUUGGAUCGAUUGUACAACAAUCAUUCAAAGACAGCUUGGUCAAGCGUCGCCAUCGCUUCUUUAGAACGUUCAUUGGGUGAAAUAACAAGAGCUUAUUCAAAAUUGUGUUCGUUCGAUCAGAUUGUAUUUCGAGUUUUAAAUGGAUUCGAUAUUUUAACUAAUUUAUUGAAUUUGGGACUGCAAACACAAACUGCAUCUCAUAAUUUACCAAACAAAAGCAUUCUUUCGGUAUGCCGUGUAUUUAAAUUAAGCGUCAGUGAGAAUGACACCAACAUCGAAGCGGUUUUGUCAAGUAACAAAAUUCUGGUCAUCUUGGAUCUUCUGCUUCAGCAUUUAGAGACACUUACGAAACUCGACGACCAGGUGCAAGUGCAGGAGGCAUCCGGUAACUCGACCGGAAGUGGAAUCGUAGCCAGCAGCCUGAUGCAAUUGCUGUGCAGUUUGGUCCCGGAGGAGCCUUUCGAAAAAUCGGCAUUGCAAACGCGGGUCCAGGAUAUUGCUGGGUACUUGGUAGCAGGUGGAUUGGUAGACCGAGUGUUUCGUCACAGUCGAGCUCUGAUCGAAACCGACUUUUUCCUGGACCAGGACCACGAAUCGCCAGUCUUGUCGUCGUCGUACGAUCUACUUUAUCGCAUCUGUUGCCAUUUAAAGAAAUCAACGGAUCAAGAUGUGGGGAAUAUUCACGAGGGCAACAACAACGUCGAGCAGACCAACGUCGAGUCGCAUCUUCUCUCGACGCUGGCCUCGGCCGAAGCUGCGGGGGCGAUCGGUGCACUUUACGCUGCAGUUGCACUCACACCGCAAAAUCAGAAAGGAUCCUCUCCGACCCCUAAUCAGAUUACGGUAUCCCAGCCUAUGAGGAUUCUGAUCGUUCGCAGCCUUAGGCUACUUAAAUCGAUCGCAGGGCUGAACAUUCAGAAAUUACAGAAUCUCCUAGGAGCGGAAGGUACCAACCUGCAAUGGCGACUGAUAGCUAGUCAUGUGAUAACCCGAUUAUCACGAGAUCCAAUAUCGCACAAGUCGGAAAUUGGAUCUGCGCAGAACACUAGUGGUACUUACAUCCUGUCAGAACUGUUCCAGGUUCUGGGAUAUUUUGCAGUUAACAACCCGGAAAAUCAGUUGGUACUUCAAUCGGUUGGAGCAGGACCAAGCGUUCUUCAGCAACUGUGUACUCUUCCAUUUCCGUUCUACGGUGCUCCAGGAUUGACGUCAUAUAUUUUCCCGACACUCUUGGCAGCCACGCAUCAAAAUCCGGAGGCUACAGCAGUCCUGUCUUGCGAAUUAUCUUAUCAGCUGCUGGAGGAGUACAGAAAUUCGGACGAUGGUAAACUAAAUCCGUUGGUCCGUUUGCUGAAGGACUCGGUUGAUCCAUAAUCGUCCCGAUUACGAUUCGAUUAGUUCGUUUAAGUUUCUUCAAGUAUCUUCGUUACACGCGAUGAACUUCGUGGUCGUAGUUGAUCGCAGGAUCAUCGUUUCUAUUCCGUUCGAGGAAGGUUCGGGGAACAGUUUUGAGAAAAUUGUCGUUACGUACGUCCAUCGUUGAAAAGCUGUCUCGAGGCUGGUACUCGACAUUGCAACGUAUUUAUACCGAAUGCACGUGCUAUUAAAUACACGGAGGGUAACUGUAAAAAUUCGAAUCGAAUUGGCGAAGAGACUAGGAGGCUAAAUUUUUACCACGAUCCUGUCACUUUCAACAGUCGACCAAUCGAAGGGUUUGUUUUGCAGAAAGCGAUAAUUGCGAAGAAAUGCAUUUGAAUGCAUCUUUUUUUUUUUUUUUUAUUCCUUUAAACGUCAUUCGGGCGUUCAACUUUCAAUCGCUAUUGCGAAAAUCAAUAAUGCUGCUAACGAUCUUCGAUUCGUGAGUUCUCCUCGACGUUAUAAACGCUUAUCUUUAACGCAUAGCGUAGAAUUCUCGAAACGUUUAUGCAAAUGGAAAAUUUCGUACGAUAAGCGUAUAUGCUUGUUAUCGAAAGUCGUUGAUGCAUUGCACGCGUUCAAAUCACUUCUAUAAUGUUUCUUUACUUUAUGCUCGCGUCUGUGAUAGUUUCUUCCGCUCGCACGCGUAUUCUAAUGAAAUUCUAACGUUCGCGACGUGAUAUGCGGCACAAGCUACGAAGUUCAAAAAUGAAAGGAAGAAUCUUUGUUUUCUUAAUUAUUAUAGUUUUAUCGCAUUGAAAUUCCAUUUCCGUGAUUGUUAUGUAUCGAAGCUUGCCGAUUAUUUUAGCAGCGCUUUCAACAUACAGCUUCGACGGUCUUCCUAUUUUAUAUAGAAAUAAAUGAAAUGUAAAUAGCGACGAAAACGUUCGAAAAUAUGCGCUUUUCUACCUGCGUACGAAUUAUAAUUUCUCUCUGUGUAAUUUGCUGAUCUCUAGAUCGGUAAAUGAAGUAGCAGAUUUUUUCGUGAUCGAGUCUUUGCUUCCUUUUUUGCGAUCGUUUCAGUUCUUCUAGUCGUUCAACAAUGACACUCUCUAGUCUUAGGCUUUUUCCCUACGGAAAUCAUUUACAACGUGAUAGAAUCAUACUUUACACAGCUUUUCUGUUCGCGUUGUUAAUCAUCUUUUUCUUUGUAUCCGUGUGACUUCAUAUUACAUCACACGACAAAAAUGGUAAACGUUUAUUUUUAUAAAUAUUAUUUUCUUCUUUCCCGUAACUUCUCGGUUGUUAGUUCUAAGAUAUUUAUUUCGGUUGUUUCUAAUCGUUUCUAAAAUACCAAAUGACGAACAAAUUUCGUUAAUAUAUUAUUUUUGGAUAUUCGUUACGAAUAGAAGUUCAUUUGUUUCUGUACAAAAACUCUUCGGUUCCCUUUCAAUUUCGUGAUGGACGCACGUAAGCAAACAAUUUUCAUGCUUCAGACAUCGUCGUUGAUAUUACCAUUUUACUUGGUAAAUAUAAUUGAUAUUAAUUGUACAAUCGUGAGUUAGAAUUAUCCGUUAAGAAAGUAAACUGAUUAUUUCUGAUUUCGCUAUUUCACCGUGUAAUCGUUCGCUAUUGCGUCGAAGAUACAAAACUCGGCAAGUCCGUUUCGCUCGCAACGUUAACGAAGUGUAAGCUAGCGAAAUACUCGUUGCCGUGUUUUCGCAAAUUCUCUCCACCUGCGGCCAAAUAUUCGACGUUUCAAAAGAAAACUCGUCAACCUUUUCGUUUUCGUUGCGUCAUCGUUGCAACGAUUUCCGAACGGAUAUUCAACCGAAACAUUUCACGGGACAUUAAAACGAUUAAAAACGUGCUUUCAUUCCCGUGUUCCCAAUUACAGUCGUUCAUGCAUUUUUAGUCAAACAGCGUAAUUGCCGUUGAAAACUGCUAGAGAAAAAAAGAAAAAAAAAAAGGAUCAGGUGGAAACGAGUUUAAAACGGACUUGCGUGUUUUUGAAUCUAGUCCGGUCAGCGAUUCGCAGGCUUUAUAACCUUACGAUCGUAAUUAUAUUUGUACGUUUAGUACGUAGCGUAUACUUGUUUCUCUCGUUUUCACGCGUGCCAAUAAUUCGUGCAAAUGAACGUGUCUUUUGAACGGGCCUUUUAAACGUUUUUAGCUGUCGUGCAAUGAUCGAGCUACGACUCGUUAGAAUUAGAAUAACGUAUCUCCGUGCGUAUAUGAAACCACGUGAACCGUACCGAGUCGGUGCAAAUUUCUGCUCUUUUUACUCCGUAAAAUGUGCCAAACACGGUAGUCGAUCGAGCUAACGGCAAAAGAUAAAAAAAUAAAAGGAAGAAAGAGGGGGAGAGCAGGAAGAAGCUCGAGAGGCAAGAAAAAGACGUUUGAGAAACCGAAGAUACAUUCUUAGACAUUAGUAUUGUCAUAUAUCGGCAUCUUUGACACACUUUACAUUGUAAAAAUGCAGAAAUUUCUGUGCUUUAAGGCGCACAUCCUUUUUCCUGCUUCGUUUCGUUGAGAUGAAGAUUGUCACAGGAGUUAUAUGACGCAAGGAUACGUGGCGAUGGUUCUCAGUUUCGUUACGACUUUUUACCACGAUAGUUUUCUUGCAACUCGGCCACAACAAAUAAACGAAUAACAAAAAGACGAUAAACAGAUCGCGUUAUAGCUAAUUGAGAACCACCGGUUUAAAAAAUUCGUAAAGUUUCUUUAGCAGAGAGAAUCUUUAGGAUAACAUGUGCUCUCGCUUCGUUAUUUAGUGACUUUUCGCGAGUCUCGCAUAAACGCGUGUACGUAUUUAAUCAAGAUUGAUUAUAUAUGAUAAAUGUUUAUUUAUAAGAAAUCGAAGGCAUAUUUUAAUUUAAGUAUACCAGCAACGCAUUCAGCGCUACACAAUUUCCUUUUUUUUUUAUUUAUCGUUGUUUAUCUCUAUUUACGCGUUUUACUUGCUGUCUUCUUUUGUUGUUUUUUUUUUUUUUGCUUCAACCAUUAUUCGUUUUCUUCUUUGUUUAUACCUCGCUUCUUCUCUAGUACAUUCUCUAUUUCCAACGACAAUUAUUUCGAGAAAAUUCAAAUUUGAAGGAAUAAGAUGCGAAAACCUUUGAUACUUCGUAAGACAACACGUACAUUCCAUUCCACUACGCAUACGACUAAAAAUUCAUAUCGAAAUAUCUAAAGUAUCCGUGACUCGAGUCUCUUAUUUUAAAAGUUAUCAAUGAACGUUGUAAUUUUUUUAGUUGCAAUGAGUAGAUCUUCCAAACAUGGUACAAGAUCCUGUUUCCCAGAAAUACGGGAACGAAACUCGACAGCCAAGAGUCUGUUAUUUAUUAAUGAUGUUAUUGCAGUCGUAUUGUGACGCUGAAUGGGUUGAUAUAAAAUAUUUAUCUAUAUUACAAAUGCAACGUGCUCUUCGAAUAGAUAUUUAUUUCACAACGAUAUGAAUUUAUCAUAGUGCAAUGUAAGAUUAUUUAUUAUCGAAAGGAGAAGGACGAAAGUGAGUACUUAUAAAAAGGUACAGGUUUUCGUGGGUGCAGCGAACGCACUUGUGCAAUGUCCUGCCAAUGCAAUUAAUAUUCAAGUAUUAUAUAUAUAUUAUAUAUACUGUAUACAUAUAUUUAGCGAAUAUUUAACUCUGUAUUAAAGAAGGCAAGGAUCGCGUAGGUUAACGCUAUGAUGUAACUUUUGCGUAAAAGUUUUGUAGCUCAACGGCUAAAUUGAAAAAUCUUACUUACAAAAGAAAGUGUGGAAACACACACACACACACAGUUGCCCCUAUUUAUUCUUCUUUUCAUGUUUUCGUCGACUCUAUUACGAUUUAUCGCGUUGAUUUUUCAAUCGACGGGAAUCAAAAGUUUCGUUUCAACUUUCGAUAAAAUUGAUUUAAUUUUCGUCAUACAGGUAGAUCCGAAGACGUUGUAAUUCGUUUAAACAUGUUUCGUUUAAAGCCAGAUUAUUGUAAGUUGUUACAGAAAGAGAUAAUUGAAACUUCCGCGAUGUUGGACGUGAGAGGUUGAAUUUUAUAGAACGACAAAGUUUUAUACGAAAUUCGACGUAUGUAUAAUAAAUAAUCCUGCAAUAAAUUUUACAAGCUUGAAUAGCUAGAAAUAGGACCACUUUUUGGUCGCCGUUUGUUCGAGGAAGGAAUGAACGUGUUAUUUGCGCCUGGAAAAAUCUCUUAUAGAAUUUAUUUUGUAUACGAUCGACGAUAAGAUGAAGAAACAUUUAAGGUACACUGCAAAAUUAUCGCCGAUUAAAUGGCGCUUAUGCGACGAUACGUGUACAAAAUCAAGUUACAUUGUAAAAUAUUUCUUCCUUUUUUUAUCGUUUCUCUUUGUCUUUUUAAAUCGAUACCGAUGUUUCUACAAUAUAACAAACGCGUCAAGUAUUCCUCCUUACUUUGCCUAUCUAUAAGACGAUCAAACGAUCAAAACUGGUGAAACGUUUGUCGUUUUCAGUCUUAAAUAUCGUGUUCGUUCCUGUUGAUCGAUACGACGAGCGUUGAAAAUCGUCGAGAAAGAAGAAGAAAAGUAAAACGAACGUUAUUUUAUCAUCGCUGAAAACUAACGUCUAAGGGAAUAUUAUUCUAAUCAGAGUACUCGCGUACCGUUUAUAUUUUCGAAGUAAUUUAGCUCGAUCGUCCCACGUAAUGAUACUCUUUCUUGUAAGCAAUCUAUGUAAAACUAUGGUUCGACGUUACGAUACAAACUGAAAAGGAGAAAGCAGGAACAGAUUGCGCGUAAUACGAAGCGCGUACUUGGCCGACGCUGCGCGGCUGUACGAAAAUUUCACGAUCGAUCGUUCGCGAUUCCAUGCCUGUUCACCUCUCGUUCGCCACGACGCGUUGCGAUUAACUCGCUGAUCGGUCGAAGGUCGAAACAGAGGUCGAACGUACGCUUUGUAAGAUUCGCUAGAAGUAGGAACGAAACUGAAACUAAUAAAUUUCGACGAAGAAA